AUGCAUAGCUUUGGGCUGCAGUUGCAACCUCGUCCGAGUCUCAUCAGUGGCUCCAGCGAGACUCGGAACCGGGUCGUUCGAGUCGUGGCAAACCAAGUUGCCAGACUGCACAGCCUGACACACCAACAGCCUCCGGUGCCACCGGGUCACAGAGCAGAAGUGACUUGCAAACGACCUGUUUGUUCGAGAUGUCCUUUUUUGGCCAAUUCGCAUUUUCGUCUCGGCCAAACAAGUUGGAGCGGCCUAACUUCGUCUGUUGGUGUGCAUGCACGAGGAGGCCACCCUGUCGGCCUGGUCUCCGUUGUGGACGGUCACUGGCACAGUCUCCGAGGCAGACAAAGACCCCCCUCCAACUCCAUCCCAUUGACUGGCGGAGUCGAGCGGCCAACAUCCCAAAUGCCCAUUGGCCAAUACUGGCGCCCCCGCCACUUCGAGUCCGAGACACUUGGAGUGUUGACCGACCCGUCGUCACCCACUGGCAAAGCGACACGUCAGCUCUGUCCCCCUCUUCCGGAAACAUCUGCUCCUGACUGGCUGGCCGGCUGGUUGGCUGGCCGGGGCGUUGACAGAUCCGGCCGACAGAGUGGACGGGCGGACCUCAGUCAUGGCGACAAUCCAAAUGCAAUUGGAUACAAAGAAAAGAUUUAUUUCUGA